UUUACCCUGUAUGCUUCGUUAAUCAUGACAAUGCACUAAGAAGUAUAACCAAUUUACUUUCUUUUCAUUUUGAAAUGGAAUAUUUGUGUCUGUUGGUAAUAAUCUAUAUGGUACUGAUGCUCGCUUCAUCUCAGAUUCCUCCUGGCCCACCAGUCAUUGCAAGACCUCAAUUCCAAGUUCUUAAUUCACAGAUAACAUUAACAUGUACGUCUGCCAGAGGUAAUCCAACACCGACUGUGAAAUGGUUCUUCGAUCGCACGGAAAUAACAACUGGUAUUUCUACAACUACUGCUGGUACAGCAGUGACAGCAUCUCUAACGUUUACUGCUACCAAAAAUUAUCAUUUAGAGGUUUUAGAGUGCCAGGUUGAAAAUGGUGUUCUACAAAACCCACUUUCUACUACUAAAUAUAUUGAGGUACAAUUUUCACCAGAAUCACCAACUUUGACUGGACCACCCACUUUGACACCAGGACAACAAGGUAUAUGGACAUGUAUUUCUGCUAAUGGUUAUCCAGCUGGUGUAAUGACCAUGAAAAAUCAAAAUAAUAAUACUCAGUUUACUACUGAGUUUACAUCUUCCAGUGUAUUAGAUCAAAAAUCCUUUGAUGUUACUGGCACCCUUACCUGGAGCCCCGUGAUUGUUAACAAUGGAGAUACCAUUUGCUGUGAUGUAACACAUACAACUACACUAGGAAGUACUCCACAGACAGUCUGCAGACAAAUUACUGUCGCUCAACCUAUUUUAAUUAACGCUCCUGUAACCCAGUAUAGUCCAAAUAUACAGUCCUCGGUUACUCUGCAGUGUGAUGUUACUCAAGGUACUGCAUCUCAAAUAAUAUGGAUUAAAGAAAACUUUCAACUGAAUACAACCAGUAAUUCCCGAUUUUCUGGCGGCACAGUCGUCAAUGAAUCUCUGACUUUAGCCAAUGUGCAACAGUCUGAUGGUGGAAACUACGUUUGUCGGGGCAUUGAUGCUGUAACUGGUAACAUUGUGAAUACAAAUACCAUUAGUGUUAAUGUUAUUCCUGUUGCAGAUGAAGACGAAGACAAUAUCAUAAUUUAUGUCGUGAUUGGAAUUUUGGCAGUAUUGGUUCUAUCUGUUUUACUUGUUGUGAUGAUACGAUACAGAAGAGGUCGAGAGAAAAAGAAAGAUAAUACAAAAAGCAAACACGUAUCCAAACAGACAGAUAUGUCCAACAGGCAAGAUAAUGCAGAUUAUAGUACACAUCGAGAUCGUGACAGAGAUUAUGAAGGGUUGGAUUCAAACAGACGAGAGAUGCACAUCUAUAACACACCACAAGACCAUUUAGAGUAUAGUCAUUAUUCGACAAUACCAGCAAAUCAUGUGUUUGUGGACCCAAACCAUACAGAAAACACUUACUUGGAACCAAACCAUUCCAACUUGAAAGAAGACCAUACUUACUUGAAAAUAGACAAUACUUACAUAGAACCGGUCAAUUCCAUUUUGACACCAGACGAUGCUUACUUGGAGCCAGGUCAAAUUAACAUUGAACCGAUAAAUGGAACCUCAAUGACGUCUUCAACGUAGUACACAUUACGAUCAACAUGAAACGUCUGGACAUGUAUAAUGUUUUGUUAAAGGAGUGUAAUAAAAACUGUUGCUCAUGGUA